GCCCGCUAGCUAGCUCGGUAGCCCACCCGCAGCCACUGGCACGGGACAGAUUGGGAUAAGGUGCGCUCGGGAGUGCAUGUGUGUGUUAUGUGCGUGUCGGCGUGCGUCGGUGGGGAAGAAGGGACUGCUGGGAGUGGAAGUGGUGUUGCAGCCGCCGGCCGGCCGCGGGCCAAGAUUUUGUAGCAGCAGCCGUAGGACCACGUCAGGGAUUCCAUUCCGUUCUGUCUCGUGCCAACUCAAGUGCUUUUAUGGUUUUUUAAUGAUCUACCUAGCAAGGAUUCUUCCGGGUGGCCAGAUUUUUAUGACCACUGUUCGCCUUCAUUUAUUAUCACUGCCAAAGUUUUAUGGACUAAUGUAGCAUUAUAAGGACAUGUUUUGAACAUUCACUGCCAGUUACUGCCAGGUAGCACUGCCAAUUCGAAACCUGAUCACUGCCACUGUCUCACUGAUCGGAGAUAUUUAUUACUAUUUUACGUAAAUCAAUGUGUUCUUCCUAUUUGCCUUAAGUAGCGUUAGUGUUAAAAAAUAAUAUAGGAGUGGACUAAAGACAUAUUGAAAGUUGCUCAACCGAGAAGUGUUCGUGGAACUUCCUGACAGCCAGCUCUUUAAACUCGUGACGCCAGCAGGGCCGUCAAAGCCUUCCGACAAGUUCUUUACGUCGACCCAGGCUUCUCCCGCGCCAAUGAAGUCCACCUCCGUUUGGGGUUGAUGUUCAAAGUGAACAAUGACUGGGAAUCUGCCUUAAAACAUUUACAGUUAGCUCUGAUAGACGCCAGCCCUUGUACAUUCUCCAAGUUAGAAAUUCGUUUUCAUAUUGCACAUUUGUAUGAAGUUCAAGGAAAGUACAAAAGUGCUAAAGAAAACUACGAGCAGCUGCUUCGCGAAAAAGAUUUACCAACUCACUUGAAAGCUGACAUAUGCAGACAAUUAGGUUGGAUGUAUCAUUGUGUUGACUCCUUGGGAGAUAAGAAUCACCGUGAAAGUUUAGCUAUACACUGCCUACAGAAGUCAAUUGAAGCUGAUCCUAAAUCAGGACAAUCCCUCUAUCUUCUGGGACGCUGUUUUGCUAGCAUUGGGAAAGUACAUGAUGCAUUUAUUGCAUACCGUAAUUCUGUUGAAAAAUCUGAAGGCAAUGCAGACACCUGGUGUUCAAUAGGUGUCCUUUACCAGCAGCAAAAUCAGCCUAUGGAUGCCUUACAGGCAUACAUCUGUGCAGUCCAGCUUGAUAAAAGCCACACAGCAGCAUGGACUAACCUUGGUAUUUUGUAUGAAAGCUGUAAUCAGCCCAGUGAUGCUUUUGCUUGUUAUGUGAAUGCAACAAGAGGUUCUGGUGGAAAUACUGGGAGCCCAAUAAGUCCAAACAAUACAUCUAGUACCAUUAAUAAUAACUUAGCAUCACUAACAACGUCACCAAGCAGAGCUCCAGGGGGUAUGAAUCCCAACCUGAGCCAAAGAAUAAAGUUCCUGCAGAGUCACUUAGCAAGCGCACCAAUGCCCAGCAUUACCAGCAAACGUCGGCAACUGCCAUCAAUAGAGGAGGCAUGGAACCUCCCCAUAUCUGCAGAAAUGUCAUCACGACAACAGCAACAACAGCAGCAACAGAACCAAGCUGUUGCGCAGCAGAGGGGGCCAGGAACACCAUUCCAGAAGGGAUACACACAGCCAGGACCACAACCUCAGUACAAUGGUAUAAAUGGCCAUCACCAAGUCUCUCCCCAGGGUCCUCCUCCACCCUAUCCAGUGCAAACAAAUGCUGCUGGGACGAAGAGAUUCAAGAGUGGGGGAGAUGUAGUUGAAAAUAGCCCUCCUGGUGCAAGAGUGGCACCAGCAACCAACCAACAGAGAGCAGUGCCACCACCAACAUUUAUGAACCAACAGCAGCUACACAUGCUCCAGUAUUUGCAACAGAACAUAGCAAACCUUAACCCACAACAACAGGGUAUGCUGCAGCAGUUGCAACACCAGUAUCGAUUAAUGCAACAGCAUCAGCUGAAGCUACAACAACAGCAGCAGCAGCAACAACAACAACAACAACAACAACAACAGCAGCAGCAGCAGCAGCAGCAGCAGCAGCAACAACAACAACAACAGCAGCAGCAGCCACAAAGACCUGCAGGAAUUACAAGGCAACCACAGCAGCCAGCACAGUAUUCACCAUACCAACAGAGUUCCGUUAUUAAAACAUACAGUAUGCCACAGCAAACACAGGGUUCAGUAGCACCACAGACUGGUUUUACGGAUGCUAGUAUUGGGUAUUCUGCUGCCACACCUAGCACACAGCAAUCGCCUGGAAUGCCCUACAAAAGUGCAACAGUGGACCAUCAGUUAUCAUAUCAACAGAGAACUUCCUCCCAACUGCAGCAUUAUCCAUAUGGUACUCAGGCUAAUUCUACAGGCUUCACACAGAUAUCUUCAACUACAACACCUCAUGCAACACCGCCAGCUCAUUCAACUUUGGAGUCAAGUUCUUAUCACCAUACUUACCCAACAUCAAAUUCUCCUUCGAGCAAAGAACUUGCUGUGAGUGACCAAGAGCUACAGGCUUUACUUUCCCAGAAGGAUAUUGCAACAUCACUAGCAGAAGAUUUGUUGAAACAUUUUGGGUCAGGUAGUGAAGAUUUAGAUGUGAAGGUGGAAGAGCCUAUAUCAACAAAUCAAGUUGCCAUUACAUCAACAUCAAAUCAACAGAACUCCAAUACUUUGAGCUCAGGACCAUUUUCUCCCUCAAAUUUGCCAGAUGACAGCAGUGGCAAUAAUUCUACAGUAAUAAUGAACUCUGGUGCAUCUACUGCUGGCGAAGCUGUGAAUGUAAAACAGUCGAUGUCUCCAGCAGUCAGUACUGCAAAUAGUCCAAAACUUGAGCAGGCACCAACACCUUCGUCCAGUGCUUCUACUGUAACAUGCUCACCCAAACAAGAGAUAAAAACAGAAGGAAUAUCCACUACUGUGAAAAGUGAAUCUCAGAGCUUAAUUACGACAAGAAGUACUUCACAAACUUCCCAGAACACCAAUCGUGUUCCAUCAGUAUUACAGCAGGAUUUGAAAGUAGAAGCUGCAGUUUUAGAAUUUUCGAACUUAUGUGAGCCCCAACCUGAAACAGAAUACAGCAUAGAUAUGGAUGCCAAGUCUGUGAUAGAGGCAUGCAAGGGCCGAGGGCUAAAUGGUGUCUCAAACUGCAGCAUUUUGUCAGACCGUGCUCCUCCACCACAGCCUCCAGAUCCACCUCAGCAGCGACUAACAAGAGAACAGCUGCUUCCUCCAACUCCCUCUGUGUACCUGGAAAACAAAAAGGAUGCAUUCAGCCCACAGCUACAAGAGUUCUGCCUCAAGCAUCCAAUUGCUGUUGUCAGAGGCCUAGCAGCGGCACUUAAAUUAGACCUAGGUCUGUUCUCAACAAAGACACUUGUUGAGGCAAAUCCAGACCAUAGCGUUGAAGUUAGAACACAAAUGCAGCAAACAUCAGAUGAAAACUGGGAUCCACAGCAAGGCCGAAAAGUUUGGGCCUGUAUUAGUCACAGAUCACACACCACUAUUGCCAAAUAUGCUCAGUAUCAGGCAUCAUCUUUCCAGGACAGCUUGAAGGAAGAAGGUGAAAGAACAGCAGGAGCACACAACAGUAAUCUGUCAGAUUCGGACUCGAAAGAUUCUACAGGAAAUGUGCGUCGAAAGAAAGGAGGUGCAUUUGGAAGUUCAGGUGGUGGGAAGUCGGGGCCCAAAAUGUUAAGAUUUGGUACUAAUGUUGAUCUCUCAGAUGAACGAAAAUGGAGACCUCAACUGCAGGAACUCAUGAAAUUACCAGCAUUUGCUCGUGUUGUCUCUGCUGGAAAUAUGUUGUCCCAUGUUGGUCAUGUUAUUCUUGGCAUGAACACAGUACAACUGUACAUGAAGGUUCCUGGAAGCAGGACUCCAGGACACCAAGAGAAUAAUAACUUCUGCUCCAUCAAUAUUAACAUUGGCCCAGGUGACUGUGAAUGGUUUGCUGUGCCUGAUGCGUACUGGGGAGUUAUUUACAAUCUUUGUGAAAGGAAUAAUAUAAACUACCUUCACGGCUCCUGGUGGCCUUCUUUAGAUGAUUUAUAUGAGGAAAAUAUACCAGUCUAUCGAUUCAUGCAGAGGCCAGGAGAUCUAGUGUGGGUCAAUGCAGGUUGUGUUCAUUGGGUUCAGGCUGUUGGAUGGUGCAAUAAUAUUGCAUGGAAUGUUGGCCCACUGACUGCAAGGCAGUAUCAGUUGGCUAUAGAACGCUAUGAGUGGAAUAAACUUCAAAGUUUCAAAAGUAUUGUUCCAAUGGUCCAUCUUUCUUGGAACCUCGCACGCAAUAUUAAGGUUUCUGAUCCUAAACUUUUUGAGUUGAUCAAAAAUUGUUUGCUAAGGACAUUACGCCAAUGUGCCAUGAUAUUAGAAUUUGUAAAGUCAAAAGGUGUAGAAGUGAGAUUCCAUGGUCGAGGAAAGAAUGAAGCAUCUCAUUACUGUGGGCAGUGUGAGAUUGAAGUUUUCAACAUCCUCUUCAUCAGAGAACAAGAAAAAAGGCAUGUUGUUCAUUGUAUGGACUGUGCCAGAAAGCAGGCACCAAGUUUGGAAGGGUUUGUGUGUCUUGAAGAAUAUAGCAUGGAAGAACUAAUGGAAGUGUUCGAUCAUUUCACAUUACAUGAUCCAAAAAGCCCAUCAAAUCAAUUGAGCCUACCAUCAUGAUGACUACAAAUGCUAGCAUUAGCAAGUAGGUAAUGGUCUGCUGCAGCAAGCUUGGAACAAUGAGUUUAAGCUGCAAAAUUUGUGUUGAAUCCUCACUAUGCAUGAUCUCCAUUACUGGGGAGUGGAAGAUAUAUUUCUACAAGUGAAACAUUUCACAUUAUAUAUAAAGCCUUUUUUAUGAAAAGAGUGAAAUGCAGAAUUCAGAGUUAUAUUUUAAUACAAAUAUAAAGUAAUUUUACGAAGACUCACAACUGUAGAUCAAGACAAAAAGGAAAUAAAGUGAUGUGCUGCAUAGACUGACCUCAUGUUGAAAGAAAGGCAGUAGAAUAUGUACUAGUGACAAUCUGCCUGCUGCAUGUUUAUGUGCAUCUUGUAAAUAGGGGAAGUAAUUUGUGGAUGUACAUCGAAACAUUUCUAUGAAUGUCAAACGGGUGAUCUCAUGUUUUAUCCUCAUGUUUUGAACAGUGGAUAAAUAUAUUUGUACAGUUUCUAUUUAUUAGGACAUUGUGGAAUGUGAAAAACCUGAGUAUCAGGUCACAAGCAAUUCAAGUGUAAAUAAAUAACGAGAACAUUACUUGAAGCAAUUAUUAGAAUUGCUUAUUUAGGAAGACAGUAUAACACCUGCCUAAGAAGUUACAGGGCAAUUGAUACUAAAUUUUUGACAGUGUAUUAAUGUCCAACAAAUUUAGUGCUGCAAUCAACAGAUAUGUGAUGAGCUUCUUAAAAAUUAAGAGACUAUGUAAAGCUGUAAUUUGAUAACAAAAUAUGAAAGUGAAAAAUAUUUUAUGGUAGUUUCUGGAGUUAAAGUCACAGGGCAUUAAUUAUUACACAAUUUUGUGUAUUGGAUCAUUGGUAGUGAUCUACUUUCUUCCUUUUAAGACAAGUGUUGACUCAAGCGAUGCAAUAUUUGAAUUGUGAUUUUGUGAUAAGACUGACUUUCACUGCCAAAAGGAAGUAAGAAUUUCGUUUUUGGAUUAAUGGUGUGCUGUUGAAAGAAUCUGAAGUAAUGUGUAAUUACUUUGCAGUUACCACGCAUUUGUUUAUAUGCACAGGAUUUGUUGUAUAGUAUUCAGAUUUAAAAGAACUAGCUAUCACUGCCAGUAGCUUAUUUGCAUAAACUGCAUAGUGCUUGUUAAACUUUUAGAAAUCUAUUUAACACACAAAACCAACUUGACCUUUAUUUGUGGCAUAUAUAGGAUGUUCUAUUUUAUAUGAGAUGGUAUGUUUUGUUUGUUUCUGUAGACUGAGUUUAGGAUUCAUGUAAAUAAUUUAUGAUAAGUAAUAACAAUAUUAAAAAUGAAAAUGGAACAUCCAUUGCAGUUCGACAAACAGUAUGUGAAAUGAAAAAAAUGUAUUAGGUCUUUUACUCUGAAGCUUGUAGUGGCUCGUUCAUUUUCUAAUGUAAAUCAUCCUUUGAGGUAAUUUAUUUAAGAAUUGACAUGAUUAUCGUAUUCUCCAGAGUUUAAUUGCAUAUUUUAAUAAUUGUUGUGUAUUUUACUAUGUUAAUAUUUUCCUAGAGAUCUUUAUCCUCUGUGAAAGAGUUGUCUAAAUGUAAUUUUUAUUUCUUUACACUUCUGGUGACUAUUUGGUUAAUGUAUUUUGAGUCACAACUGUUAAAAUAUUCCAUUACAGCUCUAGCCACAGUUACAGUAAACUUCAGAAUAUCUUGCAGGCUGUGAAUAUUUUGUCAGUAGAUGAUAAAGUAAAAUCAAUUUUUGACAGUUAUGAUAUAGAAAUGUAAUAAUCCUAAGUUAUUUGGUUUUUAACACAUGCCCUUAUAGUGUUGACUCUUAUGUUUGUAUCUUGAGUGUGUUCUUUUGGUUCAGUAUUGGAAUGGAUCACAGCUAAUAAUUUUAAUUAAAAGAAGCAUAUGAUGUGGAAAAGAGGUAUAUGUAAAGACACACAUACACAAACUAUAUUCACUUUUUUGUUGCCAGGCCAUUGAAACAGAUGUCGUGGUGUAUCACAGAUGUGCAAGGCACUUUGUUUAUACAUAUAUUCAUAGAUAUAUAUAUAUAUAUACCUAUACAUAUAUCUGUCAUUCUUUUUAUGGUAAUAAUUUGCCUCUACGUGUGGCAGUGUAUAAGCUUUUUGUUCUUAUUUCUGUAAUCAUUUGAUGUGCUGAUUUUAUUGUUUACAAUAUGAUUAAAUUUGUCAAAACCUGUGCAUAUUGUAGGUUUUGUACUGGUUCUGGUAUUCUUCAAAAAUUUUGAAAGAUAGAAAAGAAAAAGGAAAAAGUAGCUUUUGUAUUUAUAGGGAGAACAAAUCCCUACAAUGGGUGUAUUAUUGUUACUGAAUUUUGUGUGCAUUUAAAAAAUUUUUAUUGUGAAAAAUGUGUUAACAUUGUCAAUGAACAAUACUGCACAGUACAUUAUAAAUUGUGGCAUAAAUAAGUGAGAAGGUUGGACAUGCCAGUCUGCAUCCGUAAUGUGUUCCUUGUAUCUGUUGUGUCACGUCAUAAAAAAUUGUAAAAAUGAGUUAGCUAAUCAAUAGAUGCCAAGAUCUCUUUAAAAAUCAUAAGUCAACAAAACCUAUUAGAUUAUACUUGUUGACUUCGUGUAUGAGAAUAAUAUAUUUACAUGGUUUAAUGAAUGUAGGGCAUGAAGACGUAUAUUGCUUGUUUUUUAGGAACUGAUGAGAAAAUUCCAGCAAGUUCACUCAUGAGGCAUCACAUAUUUUUCACCCUCAACAGCAUUCAUUGGUUAAAAAGUCAGAGGUAAUAAAGUAAAAAUCUUACAAUGCCAUUUCCUCUCUGGUUAACAUUGAGCUUAAUACUGUGUGUCUCCUUCCUUUUAACUCUGUAAUGUGUUACAAGCUGCAAUAAGAGUUAUAAUGAUUUUCAUAAAAAUAGGUGGGUCAAGGUCAUCUCACCAUCUUACAGCAAUGCCAGUUAGUGGUAUUUUCAAAUGUUGGUGAUAUUUCUGAAAAAAAUGCUAUACAUCUCUUAUUUUUAGUCCAAAAUCAUUUUUGUCUCGUGUCACCUACUAACAAGAUAUUCCAGUCACGGCAGUAUACAAGUACUUGCAUAUCACUGCCAGGAUUCUUGAUGUGAUGGCUUCCUUUAAAAAUAUUCCCUACCACCGGUAGGGAUUACAUUUGCAACUCUUCCCCACCCAAAACACCAAUAUUCACUAUAAAAAAGUGCCUGUAGAUAUUUUUGGGCCACCAUUUUCCUUGAAGUGGUGCCAGACAUAUUUCUUCCUAUGGGUUUGCGAAAACCAAGUUUCAUUCAGAUAAGGCUUGUUGUCCUCUGUAUGCAAUAAAUGCAUAGUUCUCAAAAAUGUAUUUCCCAAGGUAGCAAUAUCCCUUUGUUCCAUAAGAAAUUUUUGUUCGUCCUCACAUUUUCUGGUCGUAAAACCAAUGUCAUUUAGAAGGGGAAGAAUGAACGUUCCCAAGCCCUUAUACUCAAUUUUGUAUUAGUCGUGGACUUCAGUAGACCUAGGAUACUAUCCUCUAUUGUAGUAUUCUAACACAUUCCUGCAGCCUACUUUUUUUUAUUAAAAUCAUCCAUUUGAGUAAAUGUAUUUUCCAGUUUAUAUCCAUUAUGUGGUGAAUGGAAGAAAGCAUUCACACCUACAGCCUCUGAAGAAGUUAAUCACUAACAUGUUGCACUGUUCUUUCUGUGACUCCACAAGCUUUUUCUGUCAACUUUUGUACUUGGGCAAAGUAGUAUUCAUUCUGGCUCCCUCGUCACAAGCAGGUUAAUUGACUAACUUUUAAUUAAACAUUACAUAUUUAGUUCGUUUUCUAAUGUACAUUCAGUCCUGGCAUACACUAAGAAUACAUGGACUACCAACUAAUCUAUGCAGAGAAUGUUACUCUUUAUAAUUGUCUGUAAAGCAGAAUAAGUUCACAAAAAAGCAAAACCAAACAUACGGAAGUAGCGAAUUGUGACAACUGACCUGCUGGCACCUGUCAUGGCAACACUGCAGUGUCAGGGUCAAAGUGGGGGGAGACGUAAGGAGCAACCUUGAGCAGCCUACUUUUUUGACAGAAACUUUAAAAAUUCAAGCCAAUUAUUAUUCUGUUUUGUAAGAGACUAUUGGGCUGUUCAGCAUUACUUGAGAGUUAUUUUUGCAGCAACAACUGCAGGAUCUUACAUAAACUAUUAUUUUAUUGUAACCAUGAGAGCCUCAUUAGAGAUAAUUACCAUAGCUUGGGAGGGAGCUGAGUUUUAUUGUAAUAUAAAAAGUAACAACAAUUGUUGCCAAAAAUAAUUGUACUGAAAAACAAAGCCAUCUACACAAUUAGAAUUUGUAACUGAGGUUUGAAAAGUUUUUUUUUUCUCUCCCAGUUAAAGUAAACUUUACUUCACAUAUGGACAUGUGUAAUUACAUAUUAUUUCCCUAACAAUAUUAUGAAAAAGAUAGUUGCUACUCACCAUACAGCAGACAUGCUGAGUCACAGAUAGGCACAAUAAAAAGACUGUCAGAAAAUGAGCUUUCUGCCAACAAGCCUUCAUUAGGAGGGGAAAAAAAAGAAAAAAAAUCACACACACACACAUACACACACACAAACACAACUCGCAUACACAUGACAGCAGUAUCUGGCUGCUGAGGUUGGUGGUCCGUUUGUUGUGCCUAUCUGCGACUCAGCAUCUUUGCUGUAUGGUGAGGAGCAACUAUCGUUUUCGUGAUAUUGUUACAUUCCAUCCUGGAUUUUCCAUGGUAGGACAUUACUUCUCUAGGUACUUUAAGCUUGUGUUCUCCUCAUAGACAGUGGUAUUAAGAGAGAGAAGCUUUUCUGCACCAGAAGCCAUCACUUUUAAAGAUACUUCACUGAUAAAAAAAUGUUUGCCUUCCUACAUAAAUUACUUACCAACCCAAGGAUGUAGUACACCAACAAGUAUAAAAUUUAAGCUUCUGACUUAUUCACAAAUAGUUCGGAAUAAGAAGGGAGGAAAACAUAAACACCAAUCAUAACUCUUGAUAAAUAAUUUUGAUAAGUAGGGAAUGCAAGGCUAUUGUCGCCAUAAAAGAAAUGGAUUAUUCAGAUUUCAUGGUAUUUCAGCUGGAGUGCAACUGUAAAUACCAGUUAUCAUAUAUGUGAAUGAAUGCUUACCUAUCAUUAUUACAAGAACAAAUAUAUGGUGUCAACAUUGCCUUAUUAGCAAACAAGUGAAAAUAAAUUUUACUAUAGUUCUCUUCAGUUAGGUUAACAUUGUGAAAUAAUUAGUAGAAAUCAAGGAUGUGUACUAACACCUAUUUCAGGGAGUAAAAUACUUGUGUAUGUAUCUUACAACUAAUAGGGUUCUGCAUAUUCACAGUGCAAGUCACAUUCACAUUAUCAGGAACACACAAGCAAUCUAUUUAUGAAACAGAAGGGAGGACAACUCAUUAAAUUUUGUACACAGAUUUUUUCUCGUGCCUUAUUGUCAUAUCUAUUUGCAUUGUUUGUACACUAAACUGUCCAUAAUUACCCAAUGUAAUUUACAGUUUGUGCAAACUUACUUAAUCAUUUCUCAGAUAAGCAUAACAGUAAUUAAUACAAGAGAAAAAGAUAUUGACUUACAAUGGGUAUAUGCCCAAAUUUGCAAAUAUUCUUGGAAGGGAAGCUGCUAGUUUUGUCCACUCCCCCUCCCCUCAGGCUAAAUUCAUUGUUGCUUUAUUAAACUAACUCAUGGUUAUGGGUCUGGUGGUACUGUGUCGCAAAUUAAAUUUCUCUCAUUGUGUAAAUGGCUAUUUAGAAAUUAUCAUUUUCCUGGUAUUUUUUUUACUCACAUUUCAUUUUAGGUUCAUACUCACAUGAGAAUCUAAGUUACAUGGUAGUUUUGCAUCUUGGGUCCAUUAAUUGCAGCUUUACAUUUUCCCUUUAUUACACAAUAACAUGUUUGCCAUUAUUUUUAUGACAGGAAACUACCUCUUUGCUUUGUGUUUGUGGUACCAGCAAAAAUUUAAGGUAGUACAGUGCUCUUUAUUCUAGUUACACUUUUACAGAAUUUUUGGGUCCUGAAACGCACCACAUUUGUCCAAGAACUCAAAGCUUGUAUUAUAAAUUUGAUUUCACACUCAUACUGUUUACAACAUACCAUUAGAUAUUUGCUUGUGAUGUGUAUAGAUACUCAUUCAGAUCCAUUAGCAACUAUUUUUUGAUCAUUUAUUAAUUGGAAAAGAUACUACAGACCUAACUUAAGUUCUCUCUAAUAUGUUUUCUAAAUAAACUUAUGUCAGAAAAACAACUUUUGAAAGUCCGUCAGUAUAAUCUUGCUGCCUUUGUAUUUCAAGCUUCAUGCUUAAUAAUUUUCUCUAGUACUGUGUGCUGUUGAAUUUAUAACUAAUGGAAAGGCUGUGUGAAAGUGUAGAAGGAAGACAUUCACAAUACCGUCAAAGAUAAUCUUAUUGCACAGCCUUUCCCAGAAAUGGGUGUAGAGGGAAAGAGGCUACCUGAGUUCAUUAAAAACAAAACCAAAAAAAAGAGGGUUGGUUUUUAUGCUGAAGCCAAGUGAAGCAAAAUAUAAAUGCACAUCAAUGUGAUUGCAGAAAAUGUAUGUAGUUUCUCAUACAGAAAAAUGAAUGAAUUAGAAAGUAAGUACAUUGUGUACAUGGUAUAUAAUAACUGAACACUGCCAAUAAUUUGUGAUAGUAUAUUUCUUUUUAAAAUAAGAAAUACAUGUUGAUUGCCACUUUUACACUGCCCCAGGUUGUUCAUCACAUAUUCAUGUAAAUCUUCAUCAAGACUGAAGAGAAAAAUGUUUUGUUGGCAGAUCACAAACUUUUUAUAGAAAAUGUUAAAUAAUAAUGAAAAAAAUCACAAAAUUAAGGUGUAUGCAAUGAAUUGAACUUGUACAUCAAUCAAUCAGGUGAUGAAAGCUGUAAUGUUCUUUUCCUCACCAGUUUCUAGCUUGAAAACAGUUGCCCCAAAAGCUGUUCUCAACAUCAUAUAAACUUUUCUGUCAAGCUGUCUGCAGUCACUUUCUUGUUUGUAAUCUCCAGAGAAUGUAACUUUUUGAUUAUGAUAAAUUUGUCUGCCAAUUAAUGUAAUUGAAAAUUUGAUUAGAGUACCUCUAAUUAAACUGUAAUACACAAAGUUCUUUUGAAGUCAGCACUCUCACAAUUUCAGAUUUGGAUCCAUAAAUACUUCUCAGGUCAUGAAUGUGUUUGUCUGUAGAGAGAGUAAGAAAUGUGCUGUAGUAAUGAAUUUAUUCACAGAACAUUUUUGUCACGGUAUUGAAAAAAUUGACCAGAAAGGAUAAUGUCUGUGUGUCAGUUAUCAUUGGUGAAUCAGUACCAUGUUUCGCUUUGCUAUCUCCUACAGCAAUCAUACAGGAUUGGAUUUUAAUCAAGAUGCAUAAUAAAUAGCAACUUUUGUUGCUGAUUAUGUUCAGACUAGUUGCAUCUCACUGAUUAACAUGGAUUCAAAUUUUCAUAAAAUGUUGUAGUAGGUAUUCUUUCCUUAAUUUCAUCUAGCUUAACUCUGAAAAAUUAAUAUGAAACUUUUGAACUUUGAAAGAAUUUUCUUGACUUUGUAGGUAAUGUAAACAUUUUAUUUGAUCAUUAUGGGCCAAUCCAAUUGCAUGACUGUGGAUUAUAAGUUUGAUAUCAACUGCAUACAGCAUUCACUUUCUCUUCAGUCCAUGUUGAAACAACUUACAGAAUUCAGUGCCUUCAGUAGUCCUUUGUAAUAAUAUUUUGUAAUGUAACAGUUGCACAUUGUUGAUCUCCUUCUUUACCAAACUGUGUUUGCCAUUAUCAUUAUGUUCACAAUCAAGCUCAUGAUGUAAAUUAUCAAGUUUUAAAUAAUGUAAUGUUAUUGAUUUGUGAAUUAAUUUGUCCUUAAGAUAUGUUGUAAUAGUAAUUGUAAAUGAAUUUAUCUGAAAAAUAUGAAAAACCAAGAAAUAAACAUUUUAGUCAGUUGAAA